CAGCUUAGCGGUAGCCCAGCGGAGCAAGGCCGCCCUUCUGCCUCGCAAACCGACCGACCCCGCGACAACUCACCCAACAACGACUGCCUCUUUCGCAAGGUCUGAACGAACUGCAAUCAAAGGAAGUGCGGCUCGGGGUUUCCACAUUGCUUUGAUUCUGUUUACAUCCGACGCAAAGACAGCCAUGGCCGGCCAAGCAGCCAGCGAGCUGCUGUCGACCCAGAAGGCGUCUGACUCGGCCCUGCAGAUAGUGCUGCACCCGCUGCCUAUUCUCGAGAUCUCCGACUUCAUCGUCCGCGGAUACCAGCGCGGAUUCAAGGGUGCUGUGGUUGGUACGUUGCUAGGCCAGCAGAAUGGUCGUGAGAUCACCAUCGAGCACAGCUUCAGCUGCAAGACAGCCAAGAAUGAUGACGGCUUCUACGAGCUCGACCAGAGCUGGUUCAAGCAACGUCUGGAACAGAUGAAACUCGUCCACAAGAGCCCCGCGCUCGACCUCGUUGGCUGGUACUCGCUCGUGAACAAGUCAGGCCCAACCGCCCUGCACCUUCCCAUCCACCGACAGAUUAGCGCCUACAACGAGUCGGCAGUGCUUCUCGGCUUCCACAUCGAAGACAUGUUGGCCCCGGUAUCCGGCGAUCCGCUACCGAUCACGAUAUACGAGAGCAACAUGGAAGCAGAGGACAGCGUCAAGGACGCCGAGGGCGAAGACAGGGAGAUGAAGGAUGCAGACUCCAGCUCCAACAUGGUUCUUCGCUUCCGCAAGCUGCCCUACACUACGGAAACAGGCGAGGCCGAGAUGAUCGCCAUGCAAUACAUCCGGGAAGGCGGCGCCAACGCCACGGUAGACGGCACCGAAAAGCACAUCCUCGAGCAAUUCGACAAGAAGAUCGCAGUCGACGACGGUAAAGGAAAGCGUCGGGCGGUCGCAUAUGAGGACAGCAGCAAAUCCAAGAAAGACAUCCCAACGACAGCGACGUCCACCGAAGUGCCAGCCGCACCAGGCUCGGAUGUCAAUCUCACCCGCGCCGAGGCCGAGUACAUGUCGGCCCUCCAAGCCCGAUACAACGCCAUCAAGAUGAUGAGAUCCCGCCUCGCGUUGAUCAUCACGUACCUCGAGCGGCUGCCACCGGAUUUCACGCAGGGCAAACAGACCACCGCGGAAGCAGCCGACGUUGCACGCGCCUCCAACGGCACCUACACAGCCCCCUCCAACACCAUCCUCCGACACAUCCAGGCGCUCGUGGCCAACGCCGACCUUGUCGCGCCCGCCGAGCAGGCCACACUGGAGCGUGAAAUCCAGCGCGAGACCAACGACGUCAACCUCAUCUCGCUCCUCUCGGAUCUCGUAGCCAGCGUGGACGAGGUCCGCGCGGCGGGCAAGAAGUUUCGCGUCCUAGAAGCAUCAAAACACGCGCGGACGGCCGGGCUGACGAUGUAGUGAAGCUGAGUUAUUUAAGGAUUCUUUUAGGCGCUGGAGAGAGGGGGGGUUGGCGUUCCUGGCGUUCCUGGUCUCUAAAAGCAAGGGCAGACAGUCUCGCGUUAGGUAGACGAGAAGGCUACUCUACAUAGAUUGGGAUUCC